AUGUCAAUCAUCAUCCCUACAGGUCCAAUUGCCCCACCCAUGGAAGCCACCGGCGACCGUCUCGUCACUCUCGAGCUGCAAGACGGUGUCGCAGUGCAGGGUUACUCGUUCGGUGCCCAGAAGCCCGCUGCUGGUGAACUGGUAUUCCAAACUGGUAUGGUUGGAUACCCAGAAUCGCUCACUGAUCCUUCCUACGAGGGCCAAAUCCUGGUCAUCACGUUCCCACUUGUUGGUAACUACGGUGUUCCUGAUCGCAAGUUGCAGGACGAAAUAGUGGAGUCUCUUCCCCGCUACUUCGAGAGCUCCAGAAUCCACAUCGCUGGUCUGGUCGUCGCUCACUACACGGAGGAGUACUCCCACUGGCUUGCCCAAUCGUCUCUUGCCGCAUGGCUCAAAGAGCAAGGUGUUCCUGCCGUUUACGGUGUGGACACAAGAGCUUUGACCAAACACUUGAGAGAAAGCGGUUCCAUGCUCGGUAGACUGGCCCUUCAAAAGCCAGACACCGAUUUCACUCGUGCUACCUCUGCCGAAUGGGUCGACUCCUUCGACGUUCCUGACUGGUGCGAUCCAAACGUCCAAAACCUAGUUGCCAAAGUCUCCAUCGAGGCCCCACAACUAUACACCCCACCAUCCGAACUCGAUGCCUCUAAGCUGCAGACCGGUCCAGACGGGAAAACUUUGAGAAUUCUAGCCAUCGAUGUUGGUAUGAAAUACAACCAAAUUCGUUGUUUCGUGAAGCGUGGUGUGGAGCUCCUCGUCGUUCCAUGGAACUAUGACUUUACUGAAGAAAAUUACGACGGUCUUUUUAUCUCCAACGGUCCCGGUGAUCCUUCUGUUCUCACUGAGCUGUGCAGCAGAUUGACCAAUGUUUUGGAGGAAAAGAAAACUCCAGUUUUCGGUAUUUGUUUGGGCCAUCAGCUGCUAGCUAGAGCGUCUGGUGCUUCGACGAUUAAAAUGAAAUUUGGUAACAGAGGUCACAAUAUCCCAUGUACCUCGAACAUUUCCGGAAAAUGUUAUAUUACAUCUCAGAACCAUGGUUUCGCUGUCAAUGUCGACACCUUGAGCCCAGGAUGGAAAUCACUAUUUGUUAAUGCCAACGAUGGGUCCAACGAAGGUAUUUACCAUACCGAACUUCCAUACUUCUCUGUCCAGUUUCACCCAGAAUCUACUCCUGGUCCAAGAGACACCGAGUUUUUGUUCGACGUGUUCAUUAAGGCUGUCAAAGACUUCAAGUUUAGUGAGACAUUUAAAGCCGUCGAGUUUCCAGGUGGAUUACUCGCCGACAACCUAGCAGCUCAUCCUCGCGUUGAAGCCAAGAAAGUUCUAGUCUUGGGAUCUGGUGGUCUAUCCAUUGGCCAAGCAGGUGAAUUUGACUACUCUGGUUCGCAAGCAAUCAAAGCUUUGAAGGAGGAAGGUAUCUACACCAUUUUGGUUAACCCAAACAUUGCUACUAUUCAAACCUCUAAAGGGUUGGCUGAUAAAGUGUACUUUUUGCCUGUUACCGCUGAGUUUGUGAGAAAGGUUAUUCUUCACGAGCGUCCUGAUGCCAUUUACGUCACAUUCGGAGGUCAAACUGCUCUUUCCGUGGGUAUUGAAAUGAAAGACGAAUUUGAAGCCUUGGGAGUUAAAGUGCUUGGUACUCCAAUUGACACUGUCAUCACUACUGAAGAUCGUGAACUGUUCUCUAAGGCCAUGGACGAGAUUGAUGAGAAAUGUGCCAAGUCGAAGGCUGCUUCAUCCGUUCAAGAGGCUCUGGAAGCUGUUGGCGAAAUCGGCUUCCCUGUUAUUGUCCGUGCAGCUUACGCUCUUGGGGGUUUGGGUUCUGGUUUUGCCAAUAACGAAAAGGAGCUUGUUGAUCUUUGUAAUGUCGCGUUUUCUUCUUCGCCUCAAGUUUUGGUAGAAAGAUCCAUGAAAGGUUGGAAAGAAGUUGAAUAUGAGGUUGUUAGAGACGCUUUUGACAACUGUAUUACAGUCUGUAACAUGGAAAAUUUCGAUCCACUGGGAAUUCACACUGGUGACUCCAUCGUGGUUGCCCCAUCUCAAACUCUAUCGGAUGAAGACUAUAACAUGCUGAGAACUACGGCCGUAAAUGUCAUUAGACACUUGGGUGUUGUCGGUGAAUGUAAUAUCCAGUAUGCGCUCAACCCUUUCAGCAAAGAAUACUGUAUUAUUGAAGUGAAUGCCCGUCUUUCGCGUUCUUCCGCCCUUGCUUCUAAAGCGACAGGAUAUCCCCUAGCUUAUACUGCGGCCAAAUUGGGUCUAAACAUUCCUCUUAAUAAAGUGAAAAACUCCGUUACCCAGUCCACAUGUGCUUGUUUCGAACCAUCGUUGGAUUACUGUGUUGUUAAAAUGCCAAGAUGGGAUUUGAAGAAGUUUCACAGAGUCUCUACUGCCUUAUCUUCUUCUAUGAAGUCUGUGGGUGAGGUUAUGAGUAUUGGCAGAACGUUUGAGGAGGCCAUUCAAAAGGCGAUAAGAUCCACGGAAUAUGCUAAUUUGGGUUUCAAUGAAACAGACAUAGAUCUUGAUAUCGACUACGAGCUACAGAACCCAACCGAUCAACGUAUUUUUGCCAUUGCAAAUGCCUUUGGUAAACUCAGCUAUUCGAUUGACAAAGUCUGGGAACUCAGCAACAUCGACAAAUGGUUUUUGUCUAAACUUUACGACCUAAUCAAAUUUGCCAAGCACGUCGAAGGCUAUGGUAGGAUUGAAAAGUUACCUGCUUUGGUGCUAAAGCAGGCCAAACAACUAGGUUUUGAUGACAGGCAAGUUGCAAAGUUUGUCAACUCCAACGAAGUUGCUGUCAGACGCCUAAGAAAAGAACACAACAUUCUUCCUUUUGUUAAACAGAUUGAUACGGUAGCCGCUGAGUUCCCUGCACACACUAAUUACUUGUACAUGACUUACAACGCUGCGACGCAUGAUUUGUCUUUCGAUGACCACGGUGUGAUGGUCCUCGGUUCAGGUGUGUACCGUAUCGGAUCCUCGGUGGAAUUCGAUUGGUGUGCUGUUACAGCAGUUCGGACACUGCGUAAAAACAACAUCAAGUCCAUCAUGGUCAAUUACAACCCUGAGACUGUGUCGACAGACUAUGACGAAGCCGACAGACUGUAUUUCGAAACUAUUUGCUUGGAAAGAAUCCUUGAUAUUUAUGAAAUCGAGUCCUCUAGUGGUGUGGUCGUGUCAAUGGGUGGUCAAACCUCCAAUAAUAUCGCCAUGUCUCUACAUCGUGAGAAUGUGAAAAUCUUGGGUACCACACCCGAAAUGAUUGAUGCUGCUGAGAAUCGUUACAAGUUUUCUCGUAUGCUGGAUCAAAUUGGUGUUGAUCAACCUGCUUGGAAAGAGUUGACCUCUAUAGAUGAAGCUGAAGCAUUCGCGGACGCUGUAAGCUAUCCAGUAUUGGUUCGUCCUUCUUACGUUCUAUCGGGAGCUGCUAUGAACACUGUUUACACCAAGGACGAUCUUGCGUCAUACUUGAACCAAGCAGUGGAGGUCUCUCGCGAUUAUCCUGUUGUCAUUACAAAGUACAUUGAAAAUGCUAAGGAGAUUGAGAUGGAUGCCGUAGCAAAGAACGGUGAAUUGGUCAUGCACGUAGUUUCGGAGCACGUUGAGAAUGCAGGUGUUCACUCUGGUGAUGCCACGUUGAUUGUACCACCACAGGACUUGGAUCCUGAGACUGUUAACCGAAUUGUUGUGGCUACCGCCAAAAUCGGUAAAGCUUUGAAAAUCACCGGUCCUUUCAACAUUCAGUUCAUUGCUAAGAAUAAUGAUAUCAAGGUGAUUGAGUGUAAUGUUCGUGCCUCGCGCUCCUUCCCUUUUAUCUCCAAGGUGGUGAACGUUAACUUGAUCGAGAUGGCUACUAAGGCCAUUAUGGGGCUACCAGUUACACCAUACCCAACUGGAAAAUUGCCAGAAGACUUUGUUGCCGUAAAGGUUCCACAAUUUUCUUUUCCACGUUUGGCGGGAGCUGACCCUGUCCUUGGUGUCGAAAUGGCCUCCACCGGUGAAGUUGCAACUUUUGGACACUCCAAAUAUGAGGCUUAUAUGAAGUCGCUUCUAUCAACAGGCUUCAAGAUGCCAAAGAAGAAUGUUUUGCUGUCCAUCGGCUCUUUCAAAGAAAAGCAAGAAAUGCUCUCCUCCGUCAAAAAGCUAUACAACAUGGGUUAUAAGCUUUUUGCAACCUCAGGUACUGCGGACUUCAUCUCCGAACAUGGAAUUCCUGUUCAAUACCUCGAGGUCUUGAACGAGGGCGACGAUGAGAAAUCCGAGUACUCGUUGACGCAACAUUUGGCCAAAAAUAAGAUUGACCUGUACAUCAACUUGCCAUCUGCUAACAGAUUCCGUCGUCCAGCUUCUUACGUAUCGAAGGGAUACCAAACCCGUCGUAUGGCUGUGGACUAUUCUGUUCCACUAGUCACAAAUGUAAAAUGUGCCAAACUUUUGAUCGAAGCUCUUUCAAGAAACUUGAAGCUAGAUGUCACUGAGAGGGACUCUCAAACCUCCCACAGAACAGUCUCUAUCCCAGGUUUGAUUAACAUUUCAUCUUACAUGCCAAACAUCUCCAACGUUGUUCAAGGUCCAAAUGAAAUGAAAGAAAUUACGAGACUCUCUGCGGAAUCUGGUUUCACUUACUCACAAAUUAUGCCUAAGUCGACCCGAGGUCCUGUUGUCACCAAUGAGCAAUCUAUAAAGGUUGCUACUUCUGUCGUUGAGGGCUCUGCUUUCACUGAUUUUGGGUUUACUGUCGCUGCUACUGCGAAUAAUGUUGCUGAUGUUGCUCAAUGUGCCAACGAUGCCAAUGCUCUAUUUUUGCCUCACCACGAGUUGACGGGUAAAAUAUCAAUUGUUGCAGAGCACCUGAAAAACUGGCCUUUGGAAAAGCAGAUAAUUGCUGAGGCCAAAACUUCUGAUCUAGCCUCUGUGAUUUUGCUCGCCUCUCUGCAAAACAGACCAAUUCAUAUUACUGGUGUAUCUAACAGAGAUGAUCUGUCCCUGAUUAUGACCGUGAAGGAAAAGCAAGAUAUGGUUACAUGCGAUGUAAACAUCCAUGCUCUGUUUGUAAGUCAAUCAGACUACCCUGAGGCUAGAUUUUUGCCAACCGAAGAGGAUCAAGAGUUUUUCUGGCGCAAUUUGGACUCCAUUGACGCCUUUUCUAUUGGCGCCUUGCCAACACUUCUAGCUCAAGUAACAGGGCGUGAGGUUGUUACUGGUAUUGGUAUCAAAGAAGCUUUGCCGCUAUUGCUCUCUGCCGUCAAUAAAGGCAAGUUGACCAUCGAGGAUAUUGUUGAGCGCUUGCAUGACAACCCUUCAAGAAUUUUCAACAUUCCACCACAAAUGGCUGAAGUCGAAGUUGACUUGGAUUUCGCUUUCAGGCACACUAAAAGAUGGUCUCCUUACACUAAAGGUGGAUUGACUGGUGGUGUUGAGCGUGUUCUUGUGAACGAGGAAACUAUUGUUUUGAGCGGCGACCUCGUCGCAGCCGAAGCUCAAGGUAAGCCUGUUGUUAGUGGUAGUAAAUUCGUCGCUCCCUCUCUGCCCUCGUCCGCUGACGUGCCCUCCACCGCGAGUAGGAAGAGAUUCUCCUUCUCGAACGAAAAACGCUCUUCAUUUGCCAGUAUCAAUGAGGAGGAGGAAGCUCUACUAGAUCAACCUUUGGAGCAAAGACUGAUGUCCUCGAGGCCACCAAAAGAGCUAGCCGCGCCUGGUGCCAUUCAGAGUCUAAUCAGGGGCAACAACCCAUUCUUGCGCAGAAACAUCUUGUCUGUGAAUCAAUUCAAGCGUUCCGAUUUCCACGCAUUGUUUGCGGUUGCCCAAGAGCUACGAUCUGGUGUCGAGAGAGAAGGUGUUUUGGACAUCAUGAAAGGCCGUCUUUUGACGACAAUUUUCUACGAACCAUCCACUCGUACAUCCUCUUCUUUCAUUGCUGCCAUGGAGCGUCUUGGUGGUAGAACUGUGAACAUCAACACAACUUCUUCCUCCGUCAAGAAGGGAGAAACUCUUCAGGACACUAUCAGAACAUUAGCUUGCUACUCUGAUGCCAUUGUCUUGCGUCAUCCUGACGAAAUGUCCGCUCACACAGCCGCGAAAUACUCACCAGUUCCUAUCUUGAACGGUGGUAAUGGGUCGCGUGAACAUCCAACUCAAGCUUUCUUGGAUCUGUUCACCAUUCGUGAAGAGUUGGGUACCGUGAACGGUAUUACGGUGACUUUCAUGGGUGAUCUAAGGUACGGAAGACCUGUUCAUUCCUUGUGCCGUUUGUUGAGACACUAUCAGGUGCGUAUCAACUUAGUAUCUCCAAGCGAGCUGAGAUUGCCUACCGCCCUUCGUACUGAGCUCGCCAAAGCUGCUAUGUUGGGUGUUGAGAGUGAGAUUUUGACUCCUGAAAUCAUUUCCAAGUCCGACGUCCUAUACUGCACCAGAGUCCAGAAGGAAAGAUUCGACAACCCUGACGAAUAUGAGAAAUUAAAGGAUGUUUACAUUGUCGACAACAAAAUCCUGGCACACGCCAAGGACCAAAUGGUUGUCAUGCACCCAUUGCCUCGUGUCAACGAAAUUCGUGAAGAGGUUGAUUACGACCAUCGUGCCGCCUAUUUCAGACAAAUGAGAUACGGUCUAUUUGUGAGAAUGGCUCUUUUGGCCAUGGUGAUGGGCGUUGAUCUCUGA